AUCUUUCUCUCAGCCACUCCAGGAAUUAGAAUGCGAGCUCUCUUUCACUGAGAGAUUUAUCUUUUGCGUUUUGGAACUGAGCCUUCCCAGGGUUGGGAGAGUUUCCCGCUGCCUGCUCAGCUCAGCAAGCCGAGAAGCUGGCGAGGUAGCCGGCCGCCUGGAUUCAUUCUCUGUCUUGGAAAAGUGCUUCACUGCUUCGAGAAACCGUGCCAUCACUCCUGGCCACAUUGUAGAAUUGUUCUUAUUUUUGUAUUUAAAUGCCAGAAAAGUUGGGUCUGUGUCAAAGAAGGCUUCUGAUUUCCGAGGCUGGCAAGGGCAUAAAAUGACAUUUGGCAGAAUUCCAAAUCCAGACGAGAUUUUCCCAAGCACCUACUAUGUUCAGGACACCCUGCAGGGACGUCCUGGAGAAGCGGAAGUUCUGGCUUACCCCUCGAAACUCUGAGAGAAAGCGAUGGCUGAAAAAGAAAGAUGAGCAUCUUGAGACUCCCUGUGGAAAUGAUUGAGGAGCCAAGUAAUAAACGGGUCAAACCCCUUUCCAGAGUCACAUCACUAGCAAACCUCAUCCCGCCCGUGAAGGCUACACCGCUAAAGCGCUUCAGCCAAACCCUGCAGACUGACCUGAAUCAAGGUUUAUUUCAACAGAAGGGAGCAAGGCAGUGGACCGAAAGGAAGAAAGAGCGUUCCAUUAGCUUCCGCAGCGAGAGCCGUCCUGACAUCCUCACCCCCCGGCCCUGGUCCAGAAAUGCCGCCCCCUCGAGCACCAAACGGCGAGACAGCAAGCUGUGGAGUGAGACCUUCGACGUGUGCGUCAAUCAGAUGCUUACAUCCAAGGAAAUCAAACGUCAGGAGGCGAUCUUUGAGCUUUCCCAAGGAGAAGAAGACUUAAUAGAGGACUUGAAAUUGGCAAAAAAGGCCUAUCACGACCCCAUGCUGAAACUCUCCAUAAUGACAGAACAGGAGUUGAAUCAGAUUUUUGGAACACUGGACUCUCUGAUUCCUCUACAUGAAGAGCUCCUUAGUCAGCUUCGAGAUGUCCGGAAGCCUGAUGGCUCAACUGAACACGUCGGUGCCAUCCUCGUGGGCUGGCUGCCUUGUCUCAGCUCCUACGACAGCUACUGCAGCAAUCAAGUAGCCGCCAAAGCUCUGCUGGACCACAAGAAACAAGACCACCGAGUCCAGGAUUUCCUUCAGCGAUGUUUAGAAUCCCCCUUCAGCCGCAAGCUAGAUCUAUGGAAUUUCCUCGAUAUUCCAAGGAGCCGCCUGGUAAAAUACCCUCUGCUCCUUCGAGAAAUCCUGAGGCACACGCCAAAUGAUAACCCAGACCAGCAGCACCUGGAAGAAGCUAUAAACAUCAUUCAGGGAAUCGUAGCAGAAAUCAACAUCAAGACUGGGGAAUCUGAAUGCCAUUAUUAUAAAGAACGGCUUCUUUACUUGGAAGAAGGCCAGAAGGACUCUCUGAUCGACAGCUCGAGAGUGCUGUGCUGUCAUGGCGAACUGAAGAACAACCGGGGCAUGAAACUGCACGUUUUCCUGUUCCAAGAAGUGCUGGUGAUCACUCGAGCCAUCACCCACAAUGAGCAGCUCUGCUACCAGCUGUACCGGCAGCCGAUCCCUGUGAAGGACCUCCUGCUGGAAGACCUGCAGGAUGGAGAAGUGAGGCUGGGCGGCUCCCUGCGAGGGGCAUUCAGCAACAAUGAGAGAAUUAAAAACUUCUUUAGAGUAAGUUUCAAAAAUGGAUCCCAAAGUCAGACCCACUCACUACAAGCCAAUGACACCUUCAACAAACAGCAGUGGCUCAACUGUAUUCGUCAAGCCAAAGAAACAGUGCUGUGUGCUGCCGGGCAGGCUGGGGUGCUCGACUCCGAGGGACCGUUCCUAAAUCCCGCCGCCGGGAGCAAGGAGCCGCAGGGAGAAACGAAACUUGAGCAGAUGGACCAAUCGGACAGUGACUCAGACUGCAGUAUGGACACGAGUGAGGUCAGCCUCGACUGUGAGCGCAUGGAACAGACAGACUCUUCCUGUGGGAACAGCAAGCAUGUUGAAAGCAAUGUCUGACAGAAGCAAGUACUUCCUGGAAGUAGCCCUGAGUCUUACCUGUACAGUAUUUGCAUUCCACUCAUGGAACGGUUUGGAGAAGCACUUUUUAAUAUGUUGUGACCGUGUUGACCCAGUCUCUCGUGUCUGUAUCUUUGUCCCCAGUACUGUAACUGCCCGUCUGUCUGUGUAAGCUGGAAUCUGUGGCCUGUUCUCCUGUAUUGUAUUUCACAAGUGUCUGGAUGGAUCAAGAGGUACUUGAACAACUUAUUUUCAAAUGUCCUGCUGGAUUUUAAAAAACAGAAAAGGAGUCUCUAAACUACUGUUUCAUGUAGAUUCUUAAAGAGUCCUUCCAUGUUUCCUAGUGCUUUUCUAGCUCUUUGGUGUGGUGGCUGAAGGCACAGAGGUUAGGGGGCCUUGCACACAGGGCACGAGGAAGGCGUUCGUGUGCCCUGAUGGCAUUCGAAGGAAAACCGGGAAAGAUCAAUCCUGGCAGUGAACUUGAUUCGAUGUUAUACAACCACAAAGCAUGUAAACAUCCCUGGGGGCCCUGGAGGCUUCAUUUUGCAAAGGAAGAAAUACCCUCCUGACCUUGUCGUGUCAUCCAGUGAAAAUCUGAUGCAAUAAUCUUAGGACAUGAACUAGAGUCUGGCCUUAACAGGACCAGCACAAACGCAGCUGUCAGCUCUGAAUCUUGAACUGAAAUGUGCAUUGCACCCGGAGUCUCUGUCAUCAUUGCUGGCUUGCCUAGGAGAGCCAUUUCUAGCCUAAAACACGAGAAUAAAUCUCAGAGCGCCUGGGAAAACCCGGCAGGAUAGCAAGGAAACCCAUCUCCAUUGUGUUUCAUCUGCCAAGGUCUCCAUUGUGUUUCAUCUGUUAGAGCAUGAAUGAAGGGAUGAGGAAAAAGGACUGAAACCGAGUCAGCAACUCUGUUUAUAGAAACGUGAGAAGAAUUUGGAAGAAGUACGUUCAUCAGGACCUUACGCGAGAAAUAGUAAAAGAGAAAAGCAAGGCCCAGCACCCUUCUGGAAGCAGCCGGAGCCUCGGGCUUUCCUGCUCUGCUUUUGGGUCCUGAGGUUGCCGUCUCUGGCUCUGUGUUGGGAAUCACAAUUACCUUCUCCAAAGGCCAACUUAAUUAAGUCUAUGAUUAAUUAGGAUCAGGUAGCCAAACUAGUAUCUCUUUGUCCAGCCUUGAUUUACAGCGCCAAGUGGGUCAUAGACCUUUAAAAAAGUUAACUGAAUACUCAAAAGCUCCUGCGAGUGUAAAUAUUAGGGGUGACCUGUGCAAAGUUAUACCCACACCAGCACUAGUAGUGAUGAUGCUAAAUUAUUGCCAAAAAGGUUUUUUUUUAAUCUUCUGUGUCUUUCAAGUUUACAGAAAAGAAAGCAGUAAAUACUAUGUUGUCAUUUUAUUACAUACAGCUAUCAUGUGCAUUCAGAGAAGCGGUGUAACAAGAUUUAUCAAUAUAGAAACAAGGUAUAUUACUUAUUUUUCAAAAACAAAAAAUAUUGUGGUCAAUUUUACCCUGUAAGCUUAUUUCUGUAUUUAUAGAUCUUAAACAUGGUGAAAUUUUUUUCCUAUUGCAAGUUUAUUUAAAACUGCUUCGUUUCUCAAGUUGUUACUGAUUUGGGGAGUGAAUGAACCUGCUGCAGACAGAAGCAGAGAGAAGGUGUUUGAUGUCGGGAAAAAGAAUGACUCGUUCUUUGCAGGAACCAUCGGCCACUUUGGCCAGUGCGUCAAGAAAAGAGGUCUGUCAAGAGCUGACCUUUGGGAAGAAAGUCAAUGAAUGUUUUGAUGAAAUGAAUGUUUUUGUAUUAUGGCCUUAAACUUUCUGGGAGUAUUUCCAAUAAAUUACUUUAAAAUGUU